GGCCCCACCCAUUUCCCUCCCCAAUCCCACCGGUGGCGGGCCGCCCGCCGCCCCUCUCCGGCGACGAAUCCGGCGGCGGGUACUGCUCUCCGUCGAGCCAGGCGGAGGAGAGCGAGGGUCGGCCGACGCUCGCGCGCUCGCGCGCUCGCGCGCGCGGGGAAGCCGGGCGCCUGCUCCCACCGCUGGCGGGCUGCCUGCCGCGCCUCCCCGGGGAGGAAUCGACGGGCGGGCGCGUCGACUCCGGCCAGCCUCUCCGUCGAGGCGGACGGCGGAAGAAGCAGCCCGAGCAGCGUGGAGCGGGAAUCGGUGUCAGCAAACGAGCACGCUUCUCUCAGGCCGUUCGUCGUAGAGGCAAUGGACGCGAUACACGAGAUGGAGGACACCUACAAAAAUUCUGCAGCCAUUGCUGGGAACACCGCGACAAUGUUAGAAGCUUUCUCAAAGGCAGCCCUUUCAACUAGCGCUGCUCACUUGGUGCAGAUCGCGAGUCAAGUCGCAGGGAUAGCUGAUGAUUCGAUUGCUAGUAAGGUCAAGCUCGUCAAAGCUGCUCGUCGACUAUCUCGAAUAGAAGCUUCUGGAAAGGCUCAUGUCGUACGCGAGCUUAUACUUGAGUCCGCCGCACUCGCACGAGAAGCUGAAAAUGUAGGAAACGAGAUCCUCAGGUGCAGUGCCAUUGACUUGGGAAACGCUGGGCGUUCUUUCCUACAACUCGCUGCUUUGCACAACAUGGAUGGACUGGUGGAAGAGCAAGCCGACCAAGAUAAUGAGGAAGUCCCAGAGCAACCGACAACCUGGAUCUCUUCAUGGUGGUCCAAAAGGAAAAGAAUGAGAGAUAUUGAAUCUUUGAAGGCUCCUUUGCUAAAUCCAGCUGCCUCAAUGGUCAGGGACAAUACCUCUACCACCGUUCCACAGGGCCAGGGGAGGCUAUGUGACAAGUGGCUAGGCAUGCAGACAUGCGCCCUUGCAAUGUCUCUCAGUUUGCUCCCCUACAUGGGAAGAGAUGGCCUUUUUAAGGAUAAAACAAUUUUCUCAAGUAAUUAUCUGUGGCGGGUGGAUUUGCUAUUCAAGUUGUGGUGGGGCUUGGUAGCUCUUGGCGUGCCUUGCAGUUUGUAUGGUCGCGGUUGUAUGGCGCAGCAGUAUGCCCGUGUGUCCGGCCACUUGGCAAUACUUGGCCUGACUUUUCUUGUUGGCAUGUUCUCUCAUUGGAUACUGGAGAUUGAGGCGAUUGAGGCGACAAUACUGUUGAAAUCUUUUCUUGGCCUUACAGCCGCGGGUUUUAUUUGCUUGUUCAUAGCUUGCUGCGCAGCGGGUGACCUGUAAUGCUACUGGAGCAAAGGAAUUUCGGGAGAAGAUUGACAGCAUUGGUGGUAUUUUGGAGAAGCAAAUUGUACAUUAGCAGGAUUCACAUUGCGCUACUAAAAGUGAACGUUCUUGUCGUUACAGCUGUGGGUUUUACUUGUUUGUUCAUAGCUUGCUGCGUGGCGGGGCACCUGUGAUGCUACAACAGCAAAGAAUUUUUGGGGGAAGAUUGACAACAACGGUGGUGUUUUGGAGAAGCAAACUGUACAUUACUAGGAUUCACACUGCAGUGCAUGUGCUGCUCAUGAGGGCUACUAAAAGUGAGCGUGUGAUACACGCGGGCCGUUAAGCAGUAUUCAUCAUAGAUUUGGUACAUAUCGCCAUGGAAGGUGUGUGAUGUGCAAUACCGUGACUGCAUAACUCUUUUUUCUUUUGACUUUCGCCCGUAUAACUUCGAUAGUCAACACUAGGUGAAUUGGUGCUCCAGUGUUAAUAAAGCACUAAUCCCCUUUUUAGAUGUUAUUUGCUGGAUGCUGUAAUACAUUCAUACGACAUAUACCAGCGAUGUCACGUAUGAAA